GGCCUGCAAGCGCCGUCUGGUGGCGCCGCGUUAAACUAGCUUGCUGCUUCGUCAUUGCAUGAUGGAGUCUUUCGGCCAUCAGUGUGCUAUAGAACGCUGCCCUGCUUGCUGCCACGAUUCAGCAUAGAGUUGUAACGAAACUAGUAGUAAUAAGUAGUGGCAUCGGUGUUAGCUGAUUGAAGACUGGCGUGCCUCUGCGGGCCCACCUUGCUCGACACACUUAAUUUCGUUUGCGUAGAGAGAUUCCGACGUCUCAGAAACAGAAUUUUUGAAGAAUGAAACUCAGAAGGUUGUUUGUGCUGACGGGCCUCGUAGCCCUCGUAGCGUCGCAAGAAGACGCAGGUACCAAAACGUUAACUUCAAUCACGACGAAAAGGCCGGCGGUGACAAAGCCGAAUCAAGAAUCUAGAAUGAUAACGGAGGUAAUAACGACGAUUGUGCCGUCAACGACAACGACGACUGUGCCGGUAACGACAUCGACAACGACGACGAUGUCGCCGACGUCAACGACAACAACGACGACGUCACCAACGGCAACGACGCCCACGUCACCGACGACAACAACAACGACGACACCGACAACAACAACGACGACACCGACGACAACAACGACUACAGAAAAGCCCUCUACUCCGCCAACGACGCCCACAGCAUCGCCAACAUCAUCAUCAUCAACAACAACAACAGCAUCACCACCGACUCCAACGCCAGUUCCCAACCCGAAGAUACCGGCACUGGGAAACUUCACUCUGGAAAACAAUGCAGGUCAAAUUUGUCUGAUCGUUCAAACGAGAGUAGCGGUCGCGCAAAGACUUAACAAGACCGAGCCGUACCAUUUAAAUUUCGGAAAUGGAACAGUUUCCGAAGCUAAUUCAAAAUGCGGAAAAGAAAAGAUUAUCCUCUGGAUAAAUUUCGUUGAGCAAAAUUCGUGGAUUCAGGUGACUUUCCUGAAGACUAAGGAAUCUUACUUCGUCGGGGAUCUCGCGGUUAAAACCGAUCAUGUUGAAGCUACUAGCAACAAUACAUUGAGGCAGUUCGAAGUCGCCGAGAACAAGUACUAUAAAUGCUCUCAGGCGUCUGAAGUAAGUCUUGGUGAAAAGGCGGUAUACCUAGUAUUCUCUGAUAUGAAGUACGAGGCUUUUCGUACUUCGAAUUCGGCAAACUUCGUUGGUGUCGAAAAAGAGUGCACAUCCGACUACCACUCGGAUGUGAUGAUUAUUGCUAUUGGUUGUGCAAUUGCUCUUUUUGUAGUGAUUGUACUAAUUGCGUACCUAAUCGCUCGUCGCAGGAGCCGGCAAAGGGGAUAUCAACCUGUGUAGUCUAGUCUCAGAAAGUUAAUCUAUCCAAUGUAGCACCUGCUACAGUAUGGGUGGACUAGCUGCAAAAUCAAUAUUACUAAUUAUUAAUGUUAAUUGUAAAAUUUUAGGGUACAACUGUUUUACAAGUGCAGGCUUACGCAAAAUCCUAACCUACAAUAUAGGCGAAUAACUAGUCUGCAUUCCACUCGGUCAGACCGAGUCGAAUGGCAGCCUUCUUAAAAUCAGCAUAAGUUCACCCGAGUUUUUUUACAUGGAUAUUUUGCAGCUGUCCUAAGCUUUUACGAGCGGAAUUUUUCGAAAGAUACUGUGUUACACAGGUAAUAAACUGAAAACAGACGAAAAUUGCGAUUCUCCACUUUUACUUUCUCCUUAGGAUGGAGUGCACAGGACAUUUGUGCCAGCGCAAGUCGCGUUUGAGUAAUGUGUAGCUCUUUCGUUUCAAUCUGAAAGGUGUGAGUUAAGCACUGAUUUUUCCUGAGGGCAGAAAAUAUUCAGUUGGGUCAAUACAGCCCUCAUUAAGUGCUAUUGAUGUAUCGCUUAUAAAACAUCUUGAGUAAUCGUCUUUAAAAUGCAGUACGGAAUAACAAAAGCGAUUUCUUCUAUAUGAGAAAAAUACCAUCUCUUUUUAGAUGAAAUGUACUACCGAAGCAAAAACUAGAUGACUUAUUCGCUGCUGGCAUUAAGCUAGAACUACAACACAAGAUUUUAGUAGUAAGUUGCCUUCCUGUUUACUGAUUAUUCCCUUCAGUUCUCCUAUGUAUGGUCAUAUAUGAACAAAAUAAUACGUACAUUUCUGUUCUUGAUUUUUUUAC